GUUCAGACUUCUUUGAGACGUCGCUCAAGAAGGUCGUGUUCGCGCUUCAAUUUCGGCUCCGUUCAAGUUCGGCACAGCUUCGGUUUCAGACUCGCGCUCGUAUCUGUGCAUUUGUAUCCAGACACACAUUGGUCCGUCCGUGAUCGCGAUCGCUUACUGCCACUGUGCCCCCGAAUACAGCAACAGCUGUAACAGCGAACAAUUGGAUUAAUUCUCAGCACACUUCGCUACAGCCUCGCAGGCAAUUAAGGAAGUGAUUCGUGGCCAGAGCUCCUCGUGGACGUUGUCGCGAUGCGGUGCAGCAUGCAACCGAACGAAACCGCCUGAAACGCCGCUGUUAAAGCGUCAACAGCAAUUGCCAUAAUUGCCAUUGGAGCAGCACAGACCAAUAACCGCCGGACCAACGAGCACAUAUCCAAACAUCCCACCAUCGUCAUCGCCAUCGCCAUUCGUAUCGCCAUCGCUAUUUCCAGCCCAUCCCAGCACCCGGACCAAUUCAACUGGCAACGAAACCGGCAACUUGCCACACGAGCUGAGCUAUCGGCGGCAGGCACACAGAUUGCCGCAAAUCCAGCUAAAUUGUAACAGAGCCGCCGCGCCGGAAAAUCAAAAAAUCGGAAAAUCCCAAAAGCCGAUACCCAGACCGAAAUCCAGUGGGGAGAUCAAUGAACGCGGCACGCAGCUGACAGCACUUGGAAUCCACUUUUGCAGCAGAGCAGCCAGCGAAGCGUAGGAAAAGCGAAACGGACCAGCUCGUUUGGGACCGGAUCGGAUUGGGCGGCUUCGGUGCGUUCAGCGUUUGGUUUUCAAGUUCAGGCGGCGCUGAGCAGGAAGUUGUGCGGCUGCACCUUAAUUGGAGCCAGUGUCAUUACCACUCGACAACCACCAUUCACCGCCGCUCAUCCUGCUCGAUGUAAGAUGUUAGUGGCCACCGACGAAAACAAUACCAAUACCACCACCGCCAGCCGGAGCACACGCAACACCUGGAGAUGGAGCCGCCUGGCGUUGGCCGUUAGUCUCUUCGCCUACUGCUGCUGCGCCUCAUCCGCGGCCACGCCCACCACCUCGGUGACCACGGCCGCCCUUCUCAGCGGCCACCAGCUGCUGCCCUGGCAAACGGCGGCUGCGACGGCGGCCACCACGCCCUCCACCGCCCGCAAUCUGUAUGCGCCACACCAGAGCUUCAGCCGACACGAUGACAUCAGCUUUAAGGAUCUGCGCCAGCGCAGCGAUGGCACGGUGGUGCAGUCCUUUGGUUCCUAUCGCACCGCUCGUCAGUUUGGUGGCUACUCAACCACUGCCCAGCGGCGAUCGGACCCCGCCGUAGAAAUCAUUCCAGCUCCGUCCGUGGAACUGCCGCAGGGUGAGCUGAUCACGGUGCCCAAGCAGCUGGUGCCCACGAUGCCGGAGAAUGUGACUCGCCAGGGUCGGCGUCGCAACUACAUGUACAUACCGCUGCAGACGGAGGGGGAGAAUGGAUCCGCGGCGCUGCUACAACUGCGUCCCAGUCGGAACGCCACGCUUUCCGCGCUGGGACCUCCGGCCGAUGGAGUGGCCGCAGUGGCCCAUGAAUUUGGCGCCGAUCUGGCCACCCAGGGAUCUGGACCGGAGCAGCCACCGCUGGCAUUGGAACUGGGUCCCGAGCGAACCGAACGCAGCGAUCUUAUGGCCGCCGCCAGCUCCACGGACAAGCUGGAGUACGCCGAGCCGGAGAACACCAGUCGCCGUGUGGGCUUCCAAUUUCCCAGCUACAGCCUAAAGCCCGCCAGUCCCUUCCAUCCGCAGGCCUACCGCGAGGAUAACCCCAUAUUUGGGGACACCAGUGCCGGAGGCUAUGAGCCCCAGCCGUACAGCGAAGAUGCGUCUCCCGUUCCGCCACCCACGCAGUACGAGCAGCACGAGACGCGGCACACACGGCAGCUCUACUUUGAUUCGGACACCGCGUCCUCCAGCUUCGAGUUUCCCGGCCUGGUGAGCAACUCCAAGCCGCAUGGCCUCAAGCUCUAUCGCGACGAUGUGACCAAGUUCGGGGAUAUCAAUGGACCGAUCACCGCGCUACCGCAGCAGCGACCCCAGCGAGGCUUCUACUUCGGCGACACUGAGUUCCGCACUGGUCCUCCUGCUCCGGUCCGCCAGUUUGGGCCGCAAAAGAACUUCCAGGAGUACGUGGGACCCAGCGAGUACCAGGGUACCCGGAAGAGCCGCUACUAUCCCUACAAGUCGUCGCGCAGUCCGAGGGUCGUCUUCCCCACCAACGACAACGUGGGCACCACCGGACCCAGUGGACCCGCCGGCAGCAGCGGACCCUCCGGAAACGGAGUCUACUUCAGCGAUAACAUUGCUUUCAGGGACCAGAACUUCGGCAUCAACGAAUUGGCCGCCGUUCAGGAUGUGCGCAAUGACUACAGUCUGCAGGAUCUGGACAGCGCCUCGGAGGCGACUAGCAGUCCGCAGUCGGCGAGCACGUUCAAGGAGAAAGUCGACAUCACAACGGACACGGAGUGCCAGCACCGGGGCGGCACGUGCGAGUUCUUCCUGGGCUGCUGGCUCUCCGGCGGCCUCAUUCAGGGCACCUGCGACGGACUGCUGCGCGGCUGUUGCCACCGCACGGCCAAGUCGGCCAAUCUUGGCAGCUCGGACUUCGUCGGCAAUGCCGUAGAUCUCACUGAUCUGCCGCAAAAGAACUACGGACCUGUGAACAACGAACCCAGCUGCGGCAUUUCGCUGGCCAAGCAGACCGCCCAGCGGCGCAUUGUGGGCGGCGAUGAUGCGGGCUUCGGCUCCUUUCCCUGGCAGGCCUACAUCCGCAUCGGUUCCUCCAGGUGCGGAGGUUCGUUGAUCUCGCGACGACACGUGGUCACCGCUGGUCAUUGUGUGGCCCGGGCCACUCCGCGACAGGUGCAUGUCACGCUGGGUGAUUACGUGAUCAACUCGGCCGUGGAGCCACUGCCGGCCUACACCUUCGGAGUCCGCCGGAUCGACGUGCAUCCGUACUUCAAGUUCACGCCGCAGGCGGACCGCUUCGACAUCUCCGUGCUGACGCUAGAGCGUACCGUGCACUUCAUGCCCCACAUAGCUCCGAUUUGCCUGCCCGAGAAGAACGAGGACUUCCUGGGCAAAUUUGGCUGGGCAGCCGGCUGGGGAGCUCUGAACCCGGGCUCCCGGCUGCGUCCCAAGACGCUGCAGGCCGUGGAUGUGCCCGUGAUCGAGAACCGAAUCUGCGAGCGCUGGCACCGGCAGAACGGCAUCAACGUGGUCAUCUACCAGGAGAUGCUCUGCGCGGGCUAUCGCAACGGUGGCAAGGACUCGUGCCAAGGCGACUCUGGAGGACCUUUGAUGCACGACAAGAAUGGGCGCUGGUACCUGAUUGGUGUGGUCUCUGCUGGUUACUCCUGCGCGUCCCGCGGUCAGCCGGGAAUCUAUCACAGCGUCAGCAAGACCGUGGACUGGGUAUCCUACGUCGUCGGACUCACGAUGAACAUCUAAUUUAUUCUCAUCGCAAUCGCAAUCGUAUCGCAUCCGCAUUCGCAUUUGCACCUGCCUGCUAAGUGGGCCACAGAUUGUUUUGUACAUAACUCACUUCAUUCUGCUCCUUGCUCCGCUUUCGAACCACGCCGCCUAAUUUAUGGUUACACAAGAAAUACAAUUUAAAUUAAGAGACAAAUUAGCGCAGUACAAGUUAGCAGUUAGGAUUGGCAGUGCGUAUCUGAGAGAUAGAUACACACGUGUGCGAUAUCUGUAUCUAUUUGUAUCUGCAAGCACCCUAAGCCUUAAAUUAAUUAUAACUGAUAAUUACGGUUUAAUUUACUUAGUCAUAUGCGCUGUUAUGUAAUUUUAAAACUAUUUAUGAACUCCAUUUCGUGUGUAAAUAAAUUAUACAAAUAUUG